AUGUCUCUUGUGGAAAGAAAGAGGGUGUCAAAAUGGGAGUUGGCAGGAAGCCAGGACCAAGAUGUGCCUGAGAAGUCAGGAGCGAAGGUGGAGGAGCUGGAUGCAAAGGGCCGUGGGCCAGGGGACCGAGCGGAGGAAAAGCAAGAGGGGAAGGAAAACCCUCGAAUUAUCCAGUGUGGGGCCACUGAGGACUUCCUGAGAUGGCCGCCACUCCCUCAGGUGAAGCAAGAGGCAGAUGACAAACUGACUGAGCACUGGGAAGCCCAGUGGCAAGAAUUCUUGAAGGCCACACCAUCCCUUUGCUCGACACUUGAAGACCCGCCGGCAUGUCCGCCAUGGAGCGACUCAAUGGCCUUUCUUGCCUCCUUUGAGGGAGCAGCUACCGUUCGCCGCUGGGCUCGAGGCGAGUGGGUGACCCGUCUUGCACCUUCCUCCGGCAGAGAAGAGGACCGAGCUUCCAGCCCCCUGAACGUGGCCCAGGUGGGGUCCUCCGGGAAGGGUAGGGAAGACUUCGUGGGGACAGAGAUGCAGGACCCACAGCUGUGUCCGCAGAAGGCCCAGGGCCUCUGGGAGGUUUGCUGCCGACUCCGGGAGCUUUGCCAGCAGUGGCUGACGCCCAAGACACCCAUGGAGGGGCAGGUGCUGGAGCUGGUGAUCCUGGAGCAGUUCCUCUCCAUCUUGCCGCCGGACAUGCAGAGCUGGGUCAGGGAGCGCUGCCCGGCAGCGUGUGCCCAGGCUGUGGCCCUGGCUGAGGCCUUCCUCUUGAGGUGUCGAGAGGCUGAGAAGCAGCAGUGUGAGGUGAGCAUCUCUUGCCCCGAAGGAGGAAGGACUGGAAUGGGCUGCAGAGCAGAUCUGAAGUGUCAGAAGGCAGACUUCUGGCGGGAGAGGGCAAGGAUGGGUGCUGUGAUGGUGGGUGGGUGUCUCCCCCCCCCCCCAGUCUCCCUGCAACUGGAAGGGCUGUAGCUUAAAGGCAGCACUUCGGCUUUGCAUGCAGAAGGUUCCAGGUUCAAUCCUCGGCAUUGCUGGGUAAGGGCUGGGAAUGUCUCCCAACUCCAGCCUUGGAGAGCCACUUUCAGGGAACCAGGCAGAGGGCCUUCUCGGUAGUGGCACCUGCCCUGUGGAACGCCCUCCCAUCAGAUGUCAAAGAGAUAAACAACUACCUGACAUUUAGAAGACAUUUGAAGGCAGCCCUGUUCAGGGAAGUUUUUAAUGUGUGACAUUUUAGUGUAUUUUUGGUCUUUGUUGGAAGCCACCCAGAGUGGCUGGGAAUUAUUGUUGUUGUUGUUGUUUUGUUGUUGUUGUUAUUGCAGGUAGACAAUAGUGCAGGUAGACAAUAGUGCAGGUAGACAAUACUGAGCUAGGUGGACCAGCAAUUGCGUGACUCAAGAUACAUUAUUUCAUAUUCUAUGCUACUUUGCCUAUUCUAUGCUACUUUGCCUAUCUAGAUCUACUUUAUCGGUAAAGGUAAAAGGUAAAGGACCCCUGGACGAUUAAGUCCAGUCAAAGGCGACUAUGGGGUUGCAGCGCCCAUCUCGCUUUCAGGCCGAGGGAGCCAGCGUUUGUCUGCAGACAGCUUUCUGAGUUAAGUGUCCAGAAUGACUAAACCACUUUUGGUGCAACCGGACACCGUGACAAGUGCCAGAGCACAUGGAAAUGCCAUUUACCUUCCUGCUAUAGCAGUACCUAUUUAUCUACUUGCACUUUGACAUGCUUUCGAACUGCUAGGUUGGCAGGAGCUGGGACAGAGCAACAGGAGCUCACUCCGUCGUGGGGAUUUGAACCGCCGACCUUCCGAUUGGCAAGCCCAAAAAGCUCAGUGGUUUAGACCACAGCGUACAAGAGCUACUUCCUACAUAAGGAAAACAAGUGAGGCAGAGCUACAAUGCGCAGGGUGGUUUAAAUAUCAGUCCCUCUUUUUGUAGCUGUUUGAGGAGAAUAGAGGGUUUCUUAACAAUGCUCAGCACCCCCAGGAAACUACAGUUCCCUGGAUGCUCUGGGGGAAGCACUGACGUCAUAUAAUUCUGCUUUAAAUGCAGCGUGCAGAUGCGCUGGAGUGCACUGUGUGUUGGAAACCAGCUAUUAGACCCAUUGCUGCCCUGCUAACUUGUAAUGUUCCUCGCAAAGGCUUUCACAUGGGUGACUUUGGGAAGGGGCGCGUGUGUCGGUAUGUGUGCCGUCUGUGUGAGCUCACGGCAUCCAGCCCUUGCCUGUAGCUUUUCCCUUUUCAGCCCCGCCCCCCUGCAUUGAUGCAAGACCUUCACUGCUGCUGUUGCAGGUCCCGGGGCCUCUGGAGACGACGGCUCUGAACUUCUCAACGGCUGAGUGGACGCUUUCCGACAUCUGGCAGAAACACCUCAGCAGAGGGAGCAAGCUAGACGGGGACAGAGAUGCCGGCUUGCUGGGUAAGGAGAGAAACAUGUCAUCGGCAGUAGACGGCAACAUUAAUAAUGGGAUUUCGGUGCUGGCUCUUUUUAAAUAUGCAAGUUAAGUUUCUAGUCCUUCAUGCUGUCUUCCUUCUAUCAAAUUUCAUUUUCUGCAUAUACUGUAAUGUUUUACUGUUGCUAUGGCCAUAAAGUUUUAUCUUAUCUAUGAUUUUUUUAAAUGAUUUUUUAUCACUUGCUGUUUCCUGCCUUUGGCUCCUUUGGGAGGAAGGGUGGGGGGUGAAACUCACUAAACAUAUGAAUGAAUGAAUAAAAUGUGAACGAUCCAUGCUUAAAGGAAGUAUUGGCACACUUGGGAGUGAGGGGACAUACCCAAGUUUGCUGAAGUACAAAAUAAAAAUCUAGAGCCCCUUUCCCAAUGAGUGGCAGGAAGAAGAACCUGAUAACGUCCCAAGAGCACAAUUUAAAAAUCAUAAAACUUCUUUAAAGCGUCUUAAAAACAAUUCCAGCACAUGUACACUGGGAAGGAUCUCUGCUGAAAAGACUGGUUGGCCUUCAGUAGACAGCAGAAAGACUGCAGAGAUGGGAGGAGAUUCCCUAGGGAAGGUGCCCCCCCCCUACAGGCCUGAUUCCUACAUUGCACAGAACAGAACUCUUGAUAAGGUGGCAUUUGCAGAAGCCUCCCUCCACCUGCAGAAUGCAUCAAUCAAUUGAGAAUAUAGGAAUGAUCUUUCGAGUAUCCUGGCCCCAAGCUAUAUAGCCUUUAUACAUCCAAGCCAUGUGAGUUUUAAUCUGCUUUUAGUCUCUUGCUGUUUUAAUUUUUCAAAUGUCUUCGAUUGCUAUUUUUCUUUGUUUUGUUUUGUUUUGUUUUGUUUUGUUUUGUUUUGUUUUGUUUUGUUGUAAACUGCUUUGGUAGAGAAUCAGAGAGUUGUAUUCCACGAUCAAACAGCUCUUAACCGCCAGAAAAUUUGUCCAGCUGGUGGUUUUGGUCUUGUUUUACAAUCAAGAGGUUGAUUAAUUUUAUGAAAUACAGUGGUACCUCGGGUUACAGACGCUUCAGGUUACAGACUCUGCUAACCCUGAAAUAGUACCUCAGGUUAAGAACUUUGCUUCAGGAUGAGAACAGAAAUCGUGUGGCAGCGGGAGGCCCCAUUAGUUAAAGUGAUACCUCAGGUUAAGAACAGUUUCAGGUUAAGAACGGACCUCCAGAACAAAUUAAGUUCUUAACCUGAGGUACCACUGUAAAUAAACAAACCAGCAUGUUGAACUUGGCCUAGUAGCUAAUUGACAGUCCAUGUUGCAGAAUAAAAAGGUAAAGGUACCCCUGACCGUUAGGUCCAGUCGCAGGCGACUCUGGGGUUGCGCGCUCAUCUCUCUCUAUAGGCUGGGGGAGCUGGUGUUUGUCCGCAGACAGCUUCCAGGUCAUGUGGCUAGCAUGAGUAAGCCGCUUCUGGCGAACCAGAGCAGCGCUCAGAAACGCCGUUUACCUUCCCGCUGGAGGGGUACCUAUUUAUCUACUUGCACUUUGACGUGCUUUCGAACUGCUAGGUUGGCAGGAGCAGGGACUGAGCAACGGGAGUUCACCCCGUUGCGGGGAUUCGAACCAACGACCUUCCAAUCGGCAAGCCCUAGGCUCAGUGGUUUAGACCACAGCACCACAUGUUGCAGAAUACACCCACACAAAAAACCACUGCCCUGCCCAGGGCUGGGGAGCAUGUCUCCUAGGCACAAGGUAUGACUCACGUGCCAACUCUCUUUUAUUUUUACCUUAUUCCAGGUGGGUGGCGAAGCGAGGAAAACCUCUUACUCAGAAGAAGCGAGCAGAUGACGACCGUGAGGCAGGCCAAGGAGAACGUGGUCCAGUGUCCUAACCAGGGGGAUGCCCUUAAGAAUCUGGACAGGUCAGAGAGGAAGCAGGAGCCCCUUCGAGGGAUCAAGUCCAAUAGACUGUCCCGCUGCAGUGGAGAAAAGGACAGUGGCAAUCUCACCGUGGCUGGGACUCUGCAAGGACUUUCCAAGGGUGAAAGCGAGGACUUCUCGAGGGUGUGCCCCAACCGCCCAGCGCCCGAGGGAGUGAACACCGACGUGAAAAUAUACAACUGCACGGAUUGUGGGAAGAGCUUUUCCCGCAGCUCGAACCUCAUGAGCCACCAGAGGACCCACGCGGGCGACAAGCCGUACAAAUGUUCAGACUGCGGGAAGGGCUUCACCCGCAGCUCGAACCUGAUCAACCACCAGAGGACCCACACAGGUGAGAGGCCUUACACAUGUCUGGACUGCGGGGAGAGCUUUUCUCGAAGCUCGCAGCUUAUCAGCCACCGCCGGAUCCACACGGGCGAGAAGCCGUACCAGUGCGCCGAGUGCCGGAAGUCGUUCAGCUUGCGCUCACUCCUGAUCCGCCACCAGAAGAUCCACACGGGCGAGAAGCCGUACCAGUGCGCCGAGUGCGGGAAGAGGUUCAUCGAGAGCUCUGAGCUCAUCACCCACGAGAGGACCCACACGGGCGAGAAGCCCUACAAGUGCGGCGUUUGCGGCAUCAGCUUCUGCCAGAGCUCGAACCUCUUGGCGCACACCCGGACCCACACGGGGGAAAAGCCCUACCGGUGCGCCAGCUGCGGGAAGAGCUUCAGCCGCAGCUCGAACCUCAUUGUUCACGAGAGGACGCACACGGGUGAGAAGCCCUACGAGUGCUCCUACUGCGGGAAAGGCUUCAGCCAGAACUCCCGCCUUCUCAGCCACAAGAGAAUCCACACCAGGGAGGCCGUGUGA